AUGAGUGAGGCAGGAGAGGCCACCCUCACGGAGGUGGCCGCCUCCGUCUCCCCCCAAGCCAUCUCCCCCCAAGCCGUCUCCCCCGAAGCUGGGCAGAAAGAUCUGUCGUCCUUGGGAGGCGGAGAUUCUGUCCAAGCCCUAGUCGCCAGCCACCUCAGCGGAGACUCCGUCCCCGAGGCCACCGUGGCAGCUGGCACCAAGGAAAAGGCGCCCAAGAAAGUCAUCGCCAAGAGGGUGAGUGGAUCCGUCAAGUGGUUCAAUGUAAAGAACGGGUACGGUUUCAUCAGCAGGCAUGACACCCAGGAAGAUGUAUUCGUUCACCAGACGGCCAUCACGCGGAACAACCCCCACAAGUACCAACGCAGCGUGGGCGAAGGCGAGACCGUCGAGUUCGACGUGGUGCAGGGCAAGCAAGGCAUCGAGGCUGCGAACGUGACCGGGCCAGGUGGCGCCCCAGUGGAGGGCAGCCGCUUUGCUGCAAACCGCCCCCGCUUCCGCCGUGGCUUCUACACCCGCCAUCGCGCGCCACAGCAUCGCAGUGCCAGGGGCCCCGAGGGGGAUGUCUAUGACUACGGCUAUGACUACCACUACAACUACAACUACUACUAUGACUACUACGACUACUACCACUACUAUGGCUACUACGGCUACUAUGACUACCACUACCAGUGCAGCAGAGAAGACUUCGCCUUAGCCCAGGGCCAGAGGCGCCGCCUGCCCCGCCGCCCCCAAGACCAAAGGCUGAGGCGCUUUCCGCCCUUCCGCAGAGCCAGGGCUGUGACCCGCCGCCCUUCCACCUUCGCUCCCGCCAGUGGCCCACGGGCCGCCCAGCUGCCUGGGUCUGCACCAGCCACCAGGCCUGAGAGCUCACCACCACGCCGCGGACCUGGCCCUAGCUACCGCUUGAGUCGCCCUAGGGGCCGAGGCAUUGCCCCUGGUCCAAAGUCCUCUGAGCAGAUGGAGGCAGAAAACAAGGAGAGCGGGAGCGAUGCUGGCUCUGCAGCCCUCAGCCCCAACAACCCCCUCCACCACCCACAGCAGCCGCCUGGUGCCCAGAACCAGAGCCCUGAAGGAGGAGAGGAGGAGACCUGGAAGGGCCCUGCUGGAAAACCCGCUUGCGCUGCCAAUCAGAGCAGCGCCUCAGAGGAGGAUGCCGCAGUUGCAGAUGCCACCUCUGCUGCACAGGCCCAGUGACACUCCUGCCCCCUCCCAGGGACUCCCUGGCCUGGGGCUGCAGGUGAUGUC